CAACACAAAGCGUAUAAUAAUGGCGGCUACUGUAUGAUCAUUCAAACAUGACAGAACUUAGGAGUACAAAUUAGGCACCUAUGAUAUAAGGAUUUCUGUGUAAAGCGUGUCUAAAAAGAAAUUUCAGAUAUGGCCGGUGCUAUGAGACAGCUAGAAGUGCGACAACUUCCUGCGGAAGUAAGAGCGAUGCAAUGGUCACCAAAAAUGGAUCUCUUAGCAAUCACCAACGUAAAAGGUGAAGUUGUUCUUCAUAGACUUACGUGGCAAAAAGUUUUGUUACUAAGCCCACAAGAUGAAUCGGACACUAUCGCCCAUCUGGCAUGGAGACCAGAUGGAAAACUUCUUGGUGUAUGUUAUGAGAAUUCCAAGCUGCUCUUUCUCAUUGAUGUUGAAACUAAAAAUGUUAUUCAUAAAACAAAAAUGCCAACAAACGACUCAACUGUCUGUAUUAAAUGGCUACUACUACCUAAUAUAGAAUGUGACAGUUCAUCAACAAUUGAUAAAACUGAUAUUUCACCUACGGGUGAUUACUUGCCACCCUUGCCAGCUUUAAACAGAACCUUCAAUCAGGAACCAGAACGUAAAGAAUUUCUCACACAUACUUUGGAUAUGCUGUAUGUUGGCCAAGAAAAUGGAACAGUAUUGAUGUAUAUUUUUGGUAUGUUUUAUUGUGGCACUAUUACUGUGGGCCAUGGGCCAAUUUUACAGAUCUCAGGUGGAUCUGAAGGUCCAAUGUGGAUUACAUGGAGAGACAAAAGUUGCAUUAAAACAACCAGAGUAUCCUGUCCACUAUUGGAAAGGAAUAUAGCAUUUUUUAAGAUUGCACAAAUUCAAGCCAAUAUAGAAUGUUUAAAAGAUUAUCUUUCACGUACCUUAAUGGCCACUUCUGAAGCAUGGGAAACGAUACUCUUAGAAAUGGAUGAAAAACUCACACGUUAUGCAGAAGCAAAUCCACCAGGUGGUAUGCCUGCAGAUUUCUUGGAACUACUAAUGAUUGGAGUACCUACAAAAAAUGUAGAGAAUUUUCUACUUCGAGAGCUUACAGAGAAGGGAUUAAAAAAAUUUGGUCACAGCAUUGAAAUGUGUUACGGUAACAUACAGAAAUUGGUGUCGAAAAAUUUAACCAGCGUCGGCAUGGCACUGAUUUAUCAGUUAGCCGAGUUGAGAGGAUUAGUGAGAGUAGGUGGCCCUUACGAGGCGAUAGGAUUGCGCGAUGAAACACUCAUAACUAAUGCAGUAAACGAAGCCGAAGCUUUCUUAGCAAAGUCGUAUGAAAUAGAGCAAGUCAUAGAUCAGAGUAUGCGUAAUUACAAAGCAUUUUUUCGUUGGUUAUAUGUAGCCAUCCUGCAACUAACAGACGAAAGGAUACCACCGGAAGUAAGUCGUGUGAGCCAGCAAGAAUUAACGUUCAUUGCCGAAUUUUUGCAUGGUUUUGACAAGACCGUGUCCGGAACAGAUGGCAGAAGAGUGGUAAAUCUAGAAAAAUUAGGCCAAUAUCUGCGUCAUGAGAAUCUGCAGACUUGUUUGACGCCGGAGGGAAGCGAAUGGGCUGCUCUGCUCGAUACAAAUGACUGCUUACGCGAUUACGCGCAUAUAGUGAAGCAGGAUUUCAACUUAUCUCUUUUGCAAUCUCACGCGAAAUUAGUCACAGCCACACAAAAUGUUUUUACUGAAUCCUAUCAGAGCUUGGUCGAUCAUUUCGCGAUGAUAUCGACAUCUUUGCCGUCACUCGUGUCUCUCAUAUCCUCGCAAAUUGUAACGAGCGAUGGAAAUCUCUUAGUGGCCAUGAGCGAAAUCGGCAGCAAGUCUAUCAAACUUUUCAAAAUCGAAUAUUCGUCCACGGAACCUGCGUCACUCGGCUCGAAAAUGAUGACAAUAAAUAUGGAUCACGAACACGGUGAAUAUUCAAAGGGAAGCCCCAAUACUGUGAUAGUGGAUUUACAGUUUUACUCGCUAGAUUAUCUCAGCUUGCUUACACUGAACAAACAAACUCACACGACGUUCCUCAUACAAGUACCAUUACGGGACACAUGCGUAUUUGAUUAUCAAAAUGAUGAUACGGUGACUUUGUUCGAUAUUUACGGUGUGACAUGGUCAAAACCGUUCCAAGGAAUAUCCAGGCGACUAGCAGUCAGCGGCGCUCGGAAAGUAGCUGCUAUUCUGAGCGAAAAUAAUAGGAAAAUUCGGUUAUUUGAGACUGAAGUAGAACCUGAGGAUGAGGAAGACGAUGAAGAUGACGAAACUGGGAUUGAAGAUAGCAUGAUGGAUGCUACAUCCAGUGCACCUGUGGAAGUUUCGUAAUAACAAGAGUAUAGAUAAAGAAGUGUAAAUAAGAUACAAUCAAGGUAUGAGUAAUGUACAUAUAUCAAAUAGAUUAUAAAUGCGAAUAGUGGCUA